AUGAAAUUGCCUUCUUCGUCACAAAAAGCGAGAGCGCAGUGCAACUUAAUUACUAAUCAACAGCUUCAUAAUGAGAUCCAGCGCUUCUGGGAAAUAGAAGAUUAUGUAAUUAAGGGAAGGUACCCUCAACUAGACCCAGCUAAUAUUUGUGAACAAAACUUCGUUGCAACAACAGAACGUGACUCACAGGGACGAUUCAUUGUAGCCAUGCCCCUCAAAGAAGAGGUCAGUGAACUCAGCGAGUCUUUUAAUAUGGCUUAUAAGCGCUUUCUUUAUAUGGAACGGAAAUUGAAGAAGGAUAGUGAUUUAAAGGACAAAUAUGUAGAAUUUAUAGCUGACUACGCACGACAAGGAUACAUGGAACUGAUAUCUCAAGAAGAAGUAGAAACUGGUAAAUUAGUCAACUAUUUGCCGCACCACGCCGUUACAAAGGAAAGCAGCACGACAACAAAUCUUCGGGUGCUCUUCGACGGAUCAGCAAGGACCUCAUCAGGAUUGUCCCUUAACGAGUUACAAAGAAUCGGUUACGUGGUUCAAAACGACCUGUUCUCAAUUACUCUACGUUUUCGCUAA